CGCCCAUAAACCUUUUUUCCCAUACAACCUUGCCCUCGCUCUCUCUUCCUCCUCCUCCCCUUCACCUCAAGCUCCUCUGCCCAAAUUAUAGUAUCCUGCACGCUUUUCUUUUCUUGAUCCUUUUUUGUUGUUGCAGGCUUGUGCCCUCGCACACACAUACCUUCUCCUGCGCCAGCAUCUCUCGCCGCCUCAUCCUGCGAACGCGCGCCCACUUACAUCAUUAUCCUCACCCUCACCCUCACCCACACCACACACCCACGCGCCUCACACCUCUUCCUCUCGCCGUUACAAUGCGCUUGAUCAUUCGCGACGACGCCAGCAAGGCGAGCGCCUACGUGGCCAGCUACAUCGUUGACCGCAUCCGCGCCUUCAACCCUACUCCCGAGAACCCCUUCGUCCUCGGCCUGCCCACGGGCUCGAGCCCCCAGGGCGUCUACAAGAUCCUCGUCGAGAAGUACAAGGCGGGCGAGAUCUCGUUUGAAAAUGUCGUCACGUUCAACAUGGACGAGUACGUCGGCAUCCCCCGCGACCACCCAGAGUCGUACCACUCCUUCAUGUGGAAGCACUUCUUCUCCCACGUCAACAUCCACCCGUCCAACGUCCACAUCCUCAACGGCAACGCGCCCAACCUCGAGGCCGAGUGCGUCGCCUACGAGGACGCCAUCAAGCACCACGGCGGCAUCGACCUGUUCCUGGCCGGCAUCGGUGAGGACGGGCACAUCGCCUUCAACGAGCCGGGCUCCUCCCUGGCCAGCCGCACCCGCGUCAAGACGCUGGCCUACGACACCAUCCUCGCCAACUCGCGCUUCUUUGACGGCGACAUCGACAAGGUGCCGCGCAUGGCCCUGACGGUCGGCGUCCAGACCGUCCUCGAGGCCCGCGAGGUCGUCGUCAUCAUCCUCGGCCAGCGCAAGUCGCUCGCCCUCCAGCGCUGCAUCGAGCAGGGUGUCAACCACAUGUGGACUCUGUCCAGCCUCCAGCUGCACCCUCACCCCAUGAUUGUGUCCGACGAGGACGCGACCCUGGAGCUCCAGGUCAAGACGGUCAAGUACUUCAAGAGCAUCGAAAAGGUGGCCCGCGAGGCCGGCUUCGAGCAGAUCCUGCCGUCCAAGGUCCGCACCGGCAACGGCCCCAUCCCGCAGACCAAGGUCGACGAGGUCAACUCGCCCACCAUCCACUCCCCGCAGCCCACCACGUCGCGUCUCCUCCGCGCGACCCCGGCCGCCGAGUACCCCAUCCGCUCCGUCUCCCCGGAGCUGGUCCCGGACCGCAUGGCGUCCCGCAUCCCCGAGCCGAACCUGCACAAGCGCCUGACGCCCAACCCGGAGCAGCAGGCUGCCCGACAAAACGCCAUCAGCGCCUAAGUUGGCGGCCGAUUCACGACGAGCAAGAAUGGGGGCUGUUCUUUUUUCCCCGGGGAUUGUUCUCAUUAUGACAAAGCAUCUGAGCCAAAGGGGGCUAUGUUUUUUUUCCCGGAGUUUUUGCUUUCUAUGCGGAUUUGUUUCAUUAUCAAUUAUUUUCCCAUCUUUUUCAGGCUCAGGCCCGGUUGGCUACACGUAGAAACAGUAUUAUGAGUCCUUCGACGGCUUUUCGAAUUAGAUACCAGUUGGGUUAAGGUACGCACCAAAAUUAGGUAGUAGAAGUAGCAUCGAAUUAUCUCCAAAACUACGUACAAGACCG